CGUUCGCCCCGCCCUCGGAGUUGGGGGUCGCACCUCUCUUGCACUGAAAGCUCCACGUGUCUCUGCCUUCGUUUGUCGAGCUGUGAUAUGUACUGAUUGUGGGACUUGUCGGAAGGACUCAGGGAGACUCAGAAAACGUGGAAAUGGACUCCGUGGCCUUGGAGGAUGUUAAUGUGAAAUUCACCAUGGAGGAGUGGGCCAUCCUGAAUCCAACCCAGAAGAAACUGUACAGAGAUGUGAUGCAGGAAACCUUCAGGAACCUGGCUUCCGUAGCAUGUAUUUUAGAAGAAAAAUGGGAAGACCAUGACAGUGAAGAUCAGUAUGAAAAACAUGGGACAAAUCCUAGCAGCCAUACGGUAGAGAGACUCUAUAAAAGGAAAGAAGAUAGUCAAUGUAGAGAAACCUUCAGCCAGAUUUCAAACCAUGACGAAAAGAAAGAAACUGCUACUGAAAUAAAACUACCUAAAUCCAGGUUGUGUGCACAAGUCUUCGUGCAUCUUUUAUCCUUUACUAGCCACACAGGACCGCUCACUGGACCCAAACUAUACCAGUGUCAGGAAUAUGAAGAGAAGCCUUAUAAAUGUAAGGAAUGUGGGAAAGCUUUCAAGCAGCGCCGAUAUAUUCGAGUACAUGAAAAGAAACACCGUGCGGAAAAGCCCUAUGAAUGUACAAAAUGUGGUAAAGCCUACAGGUAUUCAAGUAACUUAUGUAGACAUGCAGUAACUCAUACUCAGGAGAAACCCUAUGAGUGUAAGAAGUGUGGCAAAGCCUGGAGUUCUCUCACCAUAUUUCAAAGACACAUGAUCAAGCACAGCAGAGACGGACCUUUUAAAUGUAAGGAGUGUGGGAGAGAUUUCAUUUGUCCAAGAAAAUUUCGAAGUCAUGAAAUGAUACACAGGGGAGAAAAGCCCUAUGACUGUAAGGAAUGUGGUAAAGCCUUCAGUUUACUCAGAUAUCUUAGAAAACAUAAAAGAACUCAUGAUGGAAAGAAGCCUCAUGAAUGUAAGGAAUGUGGUAAAGCUUUCCGUUAUCCCACUUUUCUUAGAAAUCACGAAAAAACUCACUCUGGGGAGAAACCCUAUGAAUGUAAGCAAUGUGGGAAAGCCUUUAGUCGUCCCAGUUACUUUCAAAUUCAUGAAAAAACGCAUAGUGGGAAGAAACCAUAUCAAUGUAAGCAAUGUGGAAAAGCUUUCAGUUGUCACAGGUACUGUCGAAUGCAUGAAAGAAUACACAGUGGAGAAAAACCCUACGAAUGUGUAAAAUGUGGUAAAGCCUUUGGUUACCCAAGUAGUUACCGUAAACAUGUGAGAACACGUUGUAGAGAUGAACCCUGUUAAUGCAAAGAAUGUGGGAGACCCUGAAUUUAUCACUCAGCUCUGCAGUCACAUGUGAUAGUGCAGAUUGGAGAUGGACCUGUAAAUGUAAGGACUGUUAGAAAGACAUGCAGGGGAGAAAAGCCCUGUGUCUCAUUUAUUAGACACGAUGGAAGACUCAUUUAUGUCUCCCAGUUUAGUAUCAAGAAUGAAAGAGCUGUCAAUGUAAAGAUUAUAGAAAAGCUUUCCAUCAUCCCACUUCUUUAGAAAACCAUGAAAGAACUCGAACCUGAGAGAAAGCCUACUAUGCACAUAAGGAAAAGGGGAGAGCCUUUCACAGACAUGUAAGAACGCACACUGGAGGCCCAUCGUGCACAUGCAAAGAACAUAGGAGAGCCUUCAGCUGUCCCAGUUGCUCGGAAAGCUGUGACAAAAACUUCAAGUAGAGAGAAUUCUAUUGACUGUAAACUGUGUAGGAAAUACCUCCAUUUUGCCUCACAUCCCCACAACACCAUGUGAGAAUGUACACUGGAUAGAUACUGUAUGACUGAAAAUGAAAGCAAAGUUUUAAUAAAUACUUUCAGAGCAGCUCAAAAACUGCCCUGGGAGGAAAUCACAUUACAGUAACUACUACAUGUAAGCCUGGUGCAAAUUAAUUCACGCACUCCCCAAAAUUCACAGCAUGGAAGAAAUACUAUAAACCUUAGACAUACACGGUCAUUAUGACUGACUCAUUCUCACAGUGAUUUUCUGUAGUAUGGAGUCCACUUAUUUUUGCAAAUAUGCACUGAGGUAAUUAAUUCUGCAGAUAACUCUGUAAGCAAGAGUUUCUAAGUUGAAUAGGUAUUUUUUCCUUCCUGUCAGUUAAUAAACACUUUGUAUUUCUAUAUUGAAGUUUGUUAGAUCCAUGAGUAAAUGGAAGUGUUUUACUAAUAUACAAGUAGGUUCAAUUUUUCUGUAAUUUUGUAAGUGUUCUGCAAAUGAAGGAACAUUUAAGUUUGUUCAUGUUUUCCAUCUGGCUUCCUGUAGCAAGUAUUGAAUGAAUAUGCCUUACACACAUAUAUAUAUUCUACCUUAACAGAAAAGUGCCUUUUCAUUGGCCUGAAGAGCUUCAUUCCAUUUUCUUGUCAAUAAAUGUUUUAAUUUUUCAAUGACAGUUGACAUUCAGUAUUAUUUUAUUCAAUAAAUAUUUGCCACAUAUUUGUAAGUGUGUCAAGUUUGUUACAGAGUAUAGUCCCAUGUGAAUGAUUUUCAUCCACUGUCCCUAGCUUUUGUCGUUGCUUCUGGCUGGGACUUGGACUAGGAAGCCUGCAUUUAGAAGAGAAUACCUGUGACAGGACAAUAAGGUCUAGACUUGGAGGUGACACUUCCUGAUUGUUAUAUGACAUGUGUAAUGUUGUGAACUACAUUUUCCACAAUCUGUUGCCUUUAUGUUUGCAUGUUAGAAAUCAGCAAGGCCCAACCUGCAUGAAACUUGAAUGCAGGAGUGAAACAGGAUUGGACUGGUUUUGAAGCCACUUGUGUAAAAGGAGACAGACAGAAGCAUGGAGCUUUUGUGUGUGUUGGUUUCCCUCAGUCUUCGCCCUGCCAUCAAGAAUAUCCUCUAAUCCACCACCGACUGCCUGACUUCCAUUUGAUCUCAGGAGUAAGCUUUACAGUUGUUCAGAAUUCAACAUUAAAGAUGCAGCAUAGGUUGGAUUUUCCUGCAAGCCCAUUUGAGCCCACCAGGCUACAAAUGUUGACUGUAGCGGUUGAGACUGUUUUCUGAAGGGUACACCACUCUUUUUCAGAUUGUAUUUGUGUUAGGUUUACUUUGACAAGUAAUCACCUUGUUCUGUGGAUACCCCUGUUGACUGUGUGAUUCUGACUCCACUGCGACGUCUACAGUGGUGCAGUGCAGAGGGCUAGGAAACAGUUUGUUCUUCCACCACACUGUGCAGUGCCUUCUCUGAGCCAGUCCUUCCAUGCAAGAACCAGUCCUUUCUCCAGUGCAUGCAGUUUCUGGAUGUUUGCAUUUACUUGUGGCUGAACAUAAUCUCCCAAUGAUUUCAAUUAUCUUUGGUUGCAUGUGAUUAAACUUGUGUGCAUUUUUCCUCUAGUAAAUGCUUCUGUACUUUCUGAAGAAAUAAUAACUUUUUUCCCAAGUACUCUUAU